GUACUCCGACGUGGCAGAUAUGCAUUGGUUGAAAAAAAAAAAAAAGAACUAAUUUAAUUCGGCUGCUCCAGGAACAAAGUCACUGUUCUCUCUCGGCCGAAGUUGGAAGUCCAAGUCAACGGACCAAACUCCCGGCGUAUUUUAGCGCCAUUGUACCACCUAUGGCCUCGAAAGCUCUGAGAAAGAGGCUUAAUAAGCGAUCGGACUCCAAGCCUUCCCCAUCGAACUCUUCCACCAUGCCAGCUUCUUGGCCUCCGCAUCUCAAUAAUUACAGAAAAACCUCUGUCAUCUUUUCGGUUCUUCUAAUUCUCUCCGUUUUCGGUCUUCUCGGCGUUUCCUCAAACAUGUGGAGGAACUUGAAACACGACGCCGUAUCUACCCCUGUUUACUCGAUCGAGGUGGUCAAUGAGUUUCCUCACGAUCCCCAAGCCUUCACUCAGGGGCUUCUUUAUGCUGGAAAUGACAUCCUAUUUGAGUCAACUGGGCUUAAUCGGCGGUCAUCUGUGCGACAGGUAGCUCUUCGAACUGGGAAGGUCGAGGUUCUUCAUGAGAUGGAUGAUUCUGAUUUUGGUGAGGGUUUAACUCUAAUUGAUGAAAGGCUUUUCCAAGUAAUUUGGUUGAAGAAAACUGGUUACAUAUAUGACAGAAAUAAUUUAAACAAACUUGUGAAGUUUACUCAUCAGAUGACAGAUGGUUGGGGACUGGCAACAGAUGGGAAAGUGUUGUUUGGAAGUGAUGGGACGUCAACUUUGUACAAGAUCAACCCUCAAACAUUUAAAGUCAUUAAUAAAGGAAUAGUUAAAUUCAAUGGCCAUGAAGUGCAUAACCUAAAUGAGCUGGAGUUUAUAAAUGGAGAAAUUUGGGCUAACGUUUGGCAGACAGACUGCAUUGCUAGAAUCUCGCCAGAAGGUGGCAGUGUGCUUGGAUGGAUUCUCCUUCCAAACUUAAGAAAGGAACUGAUAGCUGCUGGGAAUAGUGGGAUCGAUGUUUUAAAUGGCAUUGCUUGGGACAGCAACAACAGCCGCAUUUUCGUGACAGGAAAGUUAUGGCCAAAGCUUUAUCAGAUCAAGCUGCAUCCAAUUAAAAAGAAUUUGAAUGCUGGAGAUAUUGAAGAGUUGUGCUUGCGAGCGGCAAUCCAUUUCUGAAGCCAUGAGCUGCUGCUUCACUGAAGUUCUUCUACUGCAAGGCUGUUCAGGAAUAUUAUCCAAUUGGAUUUGAUUCUAUUGAAAGGUAUAUUUUCUCCUGCAAAGCUUUCCGACACACAGGAAUAUAGAUCCCAGAAAUGCACUCAUUGUUGUAAACUAAACCCACAGAAGCAACUACCCCUUAACCGGUGUAUAAAUCAAUAUGUAACUAAUGGAGUUUUGAAUGGCCAUAACAGAGCUCAGUUUCUUUUCA